UCUUCCACGUUGGAGUACAAAAUGGCGGUGAAGAUUCAGCUGAUAUUAUCUUUAGUGCUUGUGGCUAUCAUCUACCAAAGCCAUGCUUUUUAUGUUCCUGGAGUAGCACCAGUAGAGUUUUUGGAAGGUGAUGAAGUUGAGGUGAAAGCUGUUAAGAUGACGAGUACAAAAACUCAGUUGCCAUAUGAAUACUACUCGCUGAAAUUCUGCAUGUCAGGGAAUGAACCUGUGUAUAAAACAGAAAACCUUGGUGAAGUACUUCGAGGAGAUCGAAUUGUCAGCACAAAUUACAAGGUUGAAAUGAAUCGGGAUAAAUCAUGCACAGUGCUUUGUGAACAGGACUUGGAUGGUAAAGAGUCUAAAAAAAUGAUGGAUCGAAUAAAAGAAAACUAUUACAUUCACUUACUGUCAGACAACUUACCUGCUGCCACCAAGUUUGUCAUGUUAGACACCCAUGAAAACCAGUAUGAACAUGGUUAUAGGCUGGGAUUUGUGCAAGAUAAUAAGGCGUAUAUUAACAACCAUCUGAAGCUUGUAUUCAAGUAUCACAGUGCAGAAACUGAGAAUAUGUUCCGAAUCGUUGGUUUUGAAGUUGAAACAAAAAGUAUUAAAGAUACAGCGUACAAAGAGAAAUCAGAAACAGAAUGCACAAUAGCAGCUGAUGGGGAGAGACAAGAAAUCCUACCUGACAAAAACCACAUAGUUUUUACGUAUGAAGUACAAUGGUUGCCUAGUAACAUUCGCUGGGCCAGUAGAUGGGACACUUACCUUGCUAUGAGUGAUGUACAGAUACAUUGGUUUUCUAUCAUCAACUCUGUGGUGGUUGUAUUCUUUCUCGCAGGUAUCCUCACUAUGAUCAUUGUGAGGACAUUGAGAAGAGAUAUUGCAAGAUACAACAAAGAAGAAGAUGCAGAAGACACCAUGGAAGAGACUGGUUGGAAGUUGGUACAUGGCGAUGUAUUCAGACCACCUCAAAAAAAGAUGUUACUAUCAUCAGUCCUCGGCGCCGGAGUACAAAUAUUUUGUAUGGCUCUCAUCACUAUUGUUGUGGCCAUGUUUGGUAUGUUAUCACCUAGCAGUAGAGGUGCCUUGCUGACAGCUGGACUCUUCCUCUUUGUCUUUAUGGGGGCAUUUGCUGGUUUUUAUGCAGGUAGGAUGUAUAAAACAAUGAAAGGUACAAACUGGAAAAGAUCAGCCUUCAUGACUGCAACUCUGUAUCCUGGCAUUGUGUUUGGCGUAGGUUUCUUCUUAAACUUCUUUAUCUGGGGAAAACGUUCGUCUGGCGCUGUACCAUUCACCACAAUGAUUGCCCUCCUCUGUAUGUGGUUUGGAAUCUCUGUACCACUUGUCUACUUCGGUUAUUUCUUUGGAUUCCGAAAACAGCCAUAUGACCAUCCUGUCAGGACUAACCAAAUUCCAAGACAAGUACCAGAACAGAUUUGGUACAUGAACCCAAUUCUCAGUACAUUAAUGGCUGGUAUCUUGCCAUUUGGUGCUGUGUUCAUAGAGUUGUUCUUUAUUCUUACUGCUAUCUGGGAGAACCAGUUCUAUUAUUUGUUUGGUUUCCUCUUCUUAGUAUUUGUUAUUUUAGUAAUUUCCUGUUCACAAAUUGCCAUAGUGAUGGUUUACUUUCAAUUGUGUGGAGAGGACUACCAUUGGUGGUGGCGCUCUUUCAUAGUGUCAGGAGGAUCAGCUUUCUACGUGUUUCUUUAUGCUGUUUUCUAUUUUGUAACAAAGUUGGAGAUUACCGACUUCAUUCCAAGUUUGUUGUAUUUUGGAUAUACAUUCCUAAUGGUUUUGACCUUCUGGAUUCUAACCGGCACCAUCGGAUUCUUCGCUGCCUAUACGUUCAUUAGAAAGAUUUACGCCGCUGUCAAGAUUGAUUAGCAAAGAACACAGACUUUGAUUGUAGUUUUAACCAUUCGUCCAGAUGUAUUGAUCUUGUAAAUGGGUAUUUUGCAUGCUGGCUGGCUGAUUGAUUCGGAGGUAUACGACUUGAAAAAGACAAUAUGUCUCGGAUGUGUUUUUUGGCACUCUAAAACAACACACUGAAACAGUAACACAUGUAUUGUAUUUGUAUAUAUAUAUGGCAGUGUGUGCUCUUUGUCAAAAACUACUGCCCUCGGAUGAGCUAUAUAAUAUGUAUAUAAAACAGGACCACUUAACAUGACAUUUUUAAGUUUAAAAUUUGAAAAUGUGAGCGGUAUUGACUUAAUUUUUAGUUUUGUCUUCACAAAGCUACAAAGAAGAGAAACAAUUAUCGUAUACUGUGUAUUACUACAGGAAUUGAAAUGUACAGGUCUUGUCAAUUGGUGUGCAAAGACAGUCCAGUCGGUAUAUUUGAUGCUGCCCACCCCUACACAUAAUGGAACAACCCACCUCCCAUACAGUAUAUUGGUUGACAGGGCAUACCCAUUUACAAGUUUAUACCAGAUAGGCUUUUUAGAUUUUUAUUUUCUGGAAGUCAAGCCUUCCUAAUUUAACAGCUGGACUAUUUUUUUUUCUUUUUCUGAAGAACCUUUGGAUUUUUGUUGAAUUUGAAAAGAGUUAUUUAUCAGCGUAUUUGAAGGGCGCCAUCAUGUGAUCAAUUUUAGUUUAUCUCCAUGGGUGGUGGUCUACCUAAAAUAAUUUGUUUUUCAACAAAAAACAAAAAAUCAAAAACAAGGUUUGCUGCUUAGUGUGAGGGGCUGUUGAUCAUUAAAACUUUUUGCACGGGAAACAGAAGUCGUUCAAUUUAUGGGGCCAAAGUUAAAUCCAAGAAGCGUGCAGGAAACACAGACUAAAAAUGGACAUAAACAGUAAACUUACAUUUCACAUGCAUCAGUUUUAGUGAUUUACAGCAGCCCCAAAGCAACCUUUGACUGACUGAGCCAGCAUUAAAUCGUGGCCGUAUGUUGGCUUUGUGUGCAGCUAUUUUAAAUUCAUGUUUCAAAUUGCUGUCAUUUCUUUUGGGGUUUGCAUUGCUGCAUGGGUAAACAUUUAAGUGCCUUUAGUUCUGGUUAAAUGCGAUAUAAAAGAUAGAAUCUAGCUUGUGAUAAUAGUUGCCCAGUUGUAUUGGUUUUUAAAACCUACGUUUAAAAAUUGGCAGACAAAAUCUGAAGUCAGCGUAGUCGCUUGUUUGGUAUGUGGACAAGCUGAAUUCGAAUUAAUUGCAAACACCUUACCAACAAUUAAAGUAAAGUUAUCUGCAGUAUUUAAAGUGCAACUUUCCUGAUGUUGUACUGUCUAUUUCAAACUAUCGAAAAAUUCUUCCACACCAAAACAAUGUUACAUCACUUGCACGUAAAACAUUGUGCAUUGCAAAAUGGUCCACUGUCAUUGGUCUGUUUUGUUACAGUUUACAAUGCAAUUCAAUUUUCAAUUUUCUUUCGAAGUACUAUUUUAGUUUGAUGUACAUUUGCUAAUCUAAUCUGUACACCAAGAAAUUAACUUCAUCAGUGAUGUCUGCCCUCAGUGGCAUAUUGUUGGGAACUUUUGUUUUGUAGUCUGUUGGUUGAUUCACUCAAUCUGGAUAAUUUGAAACAUUCAAGCAUUGAUUUUACUUGUUGUAAUAUCAUAGAUUGAAUACUAGUAUAUCUUAUGUUGAUAAAUAUGUAAAAAUUAAGGUAAUCAGAAAAAUUAAGGUAAUCACAACUGAAAAAUUCAACCAUUCUAAUUCUAAUCAAACAUAAAUUAUUUAAAUUAGGCCAUCAUUCAUUAAACCGACUAAAGUGAUCUUAGCAAAACAAAUAGAGGUUCUUGUCUGAAUAAUUCUUUAAUUUGUAGUUACAACCAAUAUUACUUGUUUCUUUGGUAAUUUUUUUUUUUUUUAAAUUAGGGUCUUUUGUAAUUUAACUUUUCAUUCUUAGAACAAGUGAAACUAAUCAUUGUAUUUGCACUCCCAAUUGUAUUUUGCUCCUCUCUCCCAUGUGUAAUAGCCUCCUUCCCUCUGUUGAGAAGUGGUUUGUCCAAUACAUUUAACUUUCAAAUGUAGAUUUGGACAAUCCUAUUAUUUUGAAGGGGUGUCGGCUUGUGUAAAUAGGGUACUUAGAGAGGUCUGACAUUUAUUAUGGGGGUGUUUCAUUAAUGUUCAUUUAUGUUGGGAAUCAAAGAAAAUUGCGAAAAAAUUACGGAUACCAAAUUGUAACUUAAUUUUAUGCAAAUGUGGUGGGGAACUCUUUGCUGAAGACUGUGGUGAACGAAAACUGGUCUCAUUUUUAUUUACUACUUAUAUUUCAGAAUUUCAUAAAUUAUUUGCAUGUACAAAAUUUGAAUUAUUUACUAAAAAUCGCAAUAAAAUAAUUUAAUUUUUGUAGAUUGACUAGAAACCAUGUAGCCUAUGGUUUGAUUUUGACAAUUUUUUUCCCCGCUGCUUUCAAUCCAGCUUGUAGAAAUUAUCAUCUCAAAGUGCCGUUUUCUUAAGUGGAAUUUGUGCCAAAAUCGUACACUACAAAGAUAAAAUUAAUGCUGAAUUCAAAUUGCACAAUUUAAAACAUUUUUUUCUGAUAUGUGGCACUCUACGACAAAGUGCCUGUAUCCAGUAAUGGAGUAUUUACGAAUACUUUUAUUGUGCGUUCAUUUGUUUCUAGAAGCAGUGACGUUAUUUAUUACUAGCCAUUUUAAAACAUUUCUCGUUCCAACCAGUUUUCCUUCACUGUUGUUUUCAACUUGUAGAUGAGUUAGGUCUUGUAAUUACAAUUGCUUUUAUUUCAACUGUGUACAACUACCUACUCCACUAAUGCCUAGGUACAAUGCUAGUAAUAUCAUGAGAUUUUGUGAUCGUAGAGAAUUCCCCACCAGACUGGGAUUAUGGAGAAUUUCUCAUGCACAGCAUUUAAAUUGGAAAUAUUUUAUUUCACAAGAUUUUUAUAACAUCCCAUAGUGCGUGGCAAUUGCAUAAAUCUGAAUAUGCAUAGAUAUAUUCCUGGCAUUAGUGGAGUAUUGUAAGCAAGUGGAACUCCUCAUUGAUUCUAUGCAGCUGUAUAUCGAAAACACUGCAUAGAGUGAAUAUGAGUCAACAAUCCUUUAUUUGUAGCGAUCGCUUGCCAGGGCGACGUUGAUUGCAAAAUCUGCUUUUAUGAAAUUGUUUAUAUUACGAUAUUCGUCUAUCUAUUCACGUUCGUCAUAUUUAUGACAAAAUGGUCUGAUCUAUAGCUUUAAACCAUAGUUGGCUAUUGAUAUGUUAUGUUGAUCGAAACAAUUUCCUGUUUUAUAUUAUCGCCCCUUUGAAGAUGCAUUUAUCACAUCUUGCAACAAUCUCGUUUUCUGAGAACAGUGAAAUUUUCGAUAUUCAGUGGUUGUAUUCUAUUACAAGACUCAACUUGUGUUGGUAUGUAUUUUAAAAAUGGAGAUGUAAUUUUUUUUUUGUGGUGGACACAAUUCAAUAAUAAAAAAAAAAUAGCUU